AUGCCUCCAGCCACACAACAAUUGGACGUCUUAGUUGUCGGGGCCGGGGUCGGAGGAUGCCAUCUGCUUCAUACUCUUCGUAAGCAUGGCUUCAGUGUCAAGGUCUUGGAAGCCGGUGCUGCCAUUGGAGGCGUCUGGAAUUGGAAUAGAUAUCCUGGUGCCCGCGUAGAUUGCGAAUUCCCUUAUUAUGGCUUCUCAGACCCUGCCAUCUGGAGUACCUUCCAAUGGACCGAGCGCUUCCCAUCCGACAAGGAGCUUCGUUCCUAUUUCCAACACGUAGCUGAUGUGUGGGAUUUGCAUCGAGAUGUGCAGCUCAACACACGUGUGACCGAAGCAAAGUACAAUGAGCAAGAACAUCGUUGGCAUUUAACGACUGCGGAUGGUGCACAAUGGAAGUCUCGUUGGUUCAUCGCAGCGACUGGCACAUCGUUCAAGCAGUACGAACCAGAGUGGGAAGGCCGCAGCGAAUACGAAGGCGUCAUUCACCAUUCUUCUCUUUGGCCAGACGGCGUUGAGAUCAAGGGCAAGAAGGUCGCCGUGAUCGGGGCCGGGUCCACUGGAGUACAGAUCGUCCAAGAGGCGUCCAAGGUCAGUGCGCAAGUAACGCAAUUCAUCCGGACGCCCAACUUCGCUGUUCCGAUGAGACAGAGAAAGAUCUCGGAGGAAGAAAUCCUAUCAUACAUGCCGCAGAUGCCUCAUGUCUUCAAAGCUUGUAGGAACACCCGGAGUGGUCUUCCUGUAGAGGGCUCUGGCGUGAAAGUGUUCGACGACACACCAGAACAGCGGAAUGCUCGUCUGGAACACCUCUGGAAGCGAGGUGGUUUCAAUUGGUCGCAAGGUUCAUACUCAGACUACCUUGUGGACCCUAAAGCCAACCGUGAGCUUUACGAUUUCUGGGCGAAGAAGACCCGUGCACGCAUUUCAGAUCCGGCCAAGCGCGAUCUCCUCGCACCCGAAGAGCCGCCCUACUACAUCUCAACCAAGAGACCCAGCUUGGAGCAAGACUACUACGAGUCCUGCGAUCAGGACAACGUCGACAUUACCAACUCUCCCAUUGUCAGAUUCACCAAGAAAGGCAUCGUUACCGAGGAUGGAACGGAGCGGGAGUUUGAUGUUGUCGCUGUGUGCACGGGCUACGACGCAGUCACUGGUGGCCUGCGAACGAUGGGUAUCAAAGGACGCAACGGGCUCGACCUUGACGAGAAGUGGAAGGACGGCGUGAUCACAAACCUUGGGAUGCUGGUGAAUGACUUUCCCGACUUUUUGAUGGUGUAUGGACCGCAAGCUCCCACAAGUUUGACCAACGGCCCUCCAUUUCUUGAAAUCCAGGGAGAGUACAUUCUGAAGCUCCUGACGCAGCAAAGAGAUCAAGGCAUUGAGACGAUUGAGGCAAGCAAAGAGGCGGAAUCAUACUGGCGGAAGCACACACUGGAGUUAGCAGAGCGCACUUUGUUGGUGCAGACUAAUUCCUGGUACAUGGGUGCCAACGUCCCUGGAAAGCGACGGGAGUAUCUCAUAUACCUCGGCGGUCUUCCGCUUUACAAACAAAAAAUGGAAGAAGCUCUUCAGAAUUGGCAAGGAUACGCCGUUGAGCAUGGCUCGAAGGCAUGA